UUAUAUAAAUACGUUUUUGUAACAUCGUGCCAUUAGAAAUAGUUAAGACAGUGAGUUUUUCUAAACAUUACAAUGGAGCUGAUGAUGAAAUAUUUGUGCUGUACAUAAUUUUUACAUGCAGUUAGCAGUGAACUGGAUGGCGACGUCGUAUUUGACCUUGUCUCACGUCGGCUGGAUCAUAUUUCUCUCACAUUAUCUAGAAUUGCACGGAAACAAAAAUUGAUAGAACAACGCCUUAAUGACCAAACUGUUGAAGGAAAUGAACCACAGAGAAAUUUAGGAACUAGUUCAGAUUUCACAAAAGACUGGCUGGAGGAUGAACUAGCGGCCAUGAAGAAGGCGAUUUCUUCGGAGAAAGAAUUUGUUCGGAAUUUGGUAGGGUCUUUAGAAAUGAAAAUGGAAACAAAAGCAGAUACCCAAGCAACGUCAAACAGCCUUGAAAGUAGAGUGGAAGCGCUUGAGAAUACAAUAGCAGAACAGACAAUUCCUAGACAUUUGCAAAGUAGAAUGGAGUCAAUGGAAAAGAAUUUAGAUAUUGUACAGACAUUAUCCGACGGCCUUGAAGACAGAAUUGAGUCAGUGGAAAGGAAAUUAGAUUCCGUAGAAACAAAUUCAGGUGGUAUUGAAAACAGAAUGGAUUCUGUGGAGUCAGGCGUCUCGUCUUUGAUAUUAGCGUCAGGCAGGAAGGUCAGUUUCUCUGUGCAGUACAGACCACCAAGUGGAACUGACGCCACUCGUUUAAAAAAACAAAGAAUCAUACGAUUCAACCACGUGUUUUACAAUGACGGUUCAGGAUACAAUGAAACAACUGGAAUAUUCAAAAUGCCUGUUUCUGGUGUCUACCAGUUCAUCUUCUUCGUCGAAGGCUGGCAGCUGAAAGACGAUUUCAUUUGUCAGGCUGCUAUUGUGGCCUUGUACGUUGACGGUAGUUCGGCUGGAACAGCGGCCGUCGCUGACCCACGGCAUAAAACACAACAUAUGCAAGCUGGUAACGCAUACAUCAAUUACUUUAGAAAAGGCCAAAAGGUGCUGGUAGCGACAGCAAGCACCUGUGAUGAGUACAUUAUCUUCGGUUACAGAACAACAUUUAACGGCGUACUUCUUUAUUGAUGAAACCUUCUAUAGCUAGCUGCACUUUAUCUUUGCCAUUCUUUAGUUCCACUUUGAUGAAAAAGUUAAUUACCAAAGUGCAAAUAAAGGCAGAACAUUCACAGACCGAACGAAUCAAAUUAUAGGAAGGUAAAAUCCUAAAAUAAAAAAUUGUUUUACAAAAUGAUGCAUUGUGUGUUUGUUUGUUUGUUUGUGUAUGAAGUAAUAACAUAAGAAAAAAUUGUACGAUAUAUAUGGCUUAACUGCAUUAAACAUAUUUUCCUUGUUAUCUGUGCGUCAUCAUAGUAUAUAUAGUACUUUUGAUUUUGUAGAAUGUUGUUUUAUUUUACGCGAAAUCAAAAUCCGAGACGUGUGAUUAUUGUCAGAAACUGUUUUGUACUGAAAGUAGCUAACAGAUUUGCGAAACAUAAGAAAAUAUAAAAUGGACUUUUACACAAGAAGAAAAGCAAAGAAAAUCGUAAUAUAUACGAAGCAUACGAGUAGUGUCAUAUAAGUCAUGUACACUGAAAGAGGAACAAAAUUUUUCCUAGCUCAGAAAUCAGCUGCAAGCACAUAUAAUUUGAUAUUAGUGUUUGUGAUUUCUGAACGAUAUUUCUGAACGAUAUUAUUACAAUAAUUGUGAAACAAUUAAGCUGGUGCGGUGUCCGCCUAUGCAAAUUAUAUUAUUAUUUCUUGUCUUUGAUUUUAAAGUAUGUGUUUUGCAAUAUAGAAGACUACAAAGUCAAGUCGAAAAAUCGCCGUUAUGCAAGCAAGAUAAUUUGUUUAUGCAUACAAUUACAUGAUGUUAUACUUACUCUCUCUUGUUUGUAUAAUAAGAACACCUAGAAAAUAAAACUUACAUUCAAUUAUUAGCAUGAUAACAUGUUACCAUUUUGCUUUUGUGUUUAUAAUUUCAGUUCUUAAAAUAUAUGUAUAAGUUUGAGUUUCCUUUGUAAACUUAGAGUUCAUGUUGUUAUACAUGUAUUGUAGAUGUAACACAUAGAUAGUACAUUUUUGUAGUAUAAAAUAAACAUGCGAUUAUA